GUUUCUCCGCCUCGCUGCCCCUCCUUCUGGGACAAACGCCAGCAGCUGCAAUCGGAAAAGGAAAAAAGAAGAGAUUUUGCGGGUUGGGAACAUUUUCCUUCUUCUUGGGUGAUCAAUCCCCUUUCUCCGUCUCUCUUCUCCCCGGGUCCCUGCGCGUCGACUCCGGCAACAAGACAGUGAACGAAGAUCACAAGUUCUGCAAGAGUGGUUUUUCUCCUCACAUGUGUGUAAAAAAAGCUUUCGGAAAUUUAUAGCCAAACAUCAUAAUAAAGGACAGAGGGGUCUUUCAAGAAAUAUGUCUGAUCUGAAGCACAACUGCAACCUUUCCAGUGAUUACGAUGAAGAAAACGAGGAGACAGGUGGCGUUUUAGAAUAUCACCACAACCUAGAUGGAUACAUACCUUUAUCCAAGGCCGAGGAGCAAACGCCGUUGUCUCCCAUCCCAAAUGAGCGCCUUCUUUCAAAAUCCCUUCCUGACCUCAAGCAAGAUGAAGACAUACCUUUAUCUGAGGCAAAGCACCAAACAUCAUCAGCUUUCAUCCAAAAUGAAAGCCUCCUUCGUGAAUCCCUUUAUCAGCUAAAGCAAGAACUUUCUUGGAGUCGAGAUGAAGGUAUAUCGUUAUAUGAGUCAGGGCAGCAAACACCAGUUCACAUUGGAAACAGAAGCCAUAAUCAGGAAGACGUUUUUGACUCAGAACCAGGUGGCGUUUUAGAAUAUCACCACAACCUAGAUGGAUACAUACCUUUAUCCAAGGCCGAGGAGCAAACGCCGUUGUCUCCCAUCCCAAAUGAGCGCCUUCUUUCAAAAUCCCUUCCUGACCUCAAGCAAGAUGAAGACAUACCUUUAUCUGAGGCCGAGGACCAAACACCGUCAGCUCCCAUCCGAAAUGAAAGCCUCCUUCGUAAACCCCCAUUUCGCCAGCUAAAGAAAGUGUGGACCAAGAAGCUGCCAGCUGGAAAUGUAGUUCUUUUAAUUCUUAUUCUAUGCAUCAUCUUCACUGUGAUUUAUCAAAACAAGAAGCCCUCCGGUGGUGAUGUUCCCCUUCCACACCAUUCUCCACCAUGUCCACCUCGUUGGAUUUGGUAUCAGGGAAACUGCUAUUACUUUUCGAAGGAAGAGAGAAACUGGAGCUCCAGCCAGGACUUCUGCUCUUCACAUCAUGCUUCCCUGGCAAGGAUUACAAAUGAAGAAAAUGAUUUUAUACACCUUCUCAAGGGGAGGGACCCCUUUUGGAUUGGCCUCAGAAGAUUCCCGGGUCAGCCCUGGACAUGGCUAAAUGGAGACAUUGCAACGUGAGUCCUUCUCUUUCCCUUUCUGGUUCAAAUUACACUGUGAUAUUUAAUGAAUCUUUGCAUGUAACCACCGAGCUGUUUUAAAAACAGAUGAACAUACAAAAAACAUUCAGCAUCUUUCCAUGCUUCAGUCUUAAAAUAAACUGUCACUAGAAGCUGGAUUUUUUGAGUGGAAGGCACCUCUCCAUGCCCAUGUGUGUUUCAAAGGCGGGGUGAUUCAUCUGGCUACUCUGUAAUUUGUUGAUUUUUAGGGAAGGCCAAGUGGAAAAUCUGGAUCAUUGGGGUCCAUGAAGCAGGGAAUGAUUUCAAUUAGACUGUCACUUCCUUGCAUUAAUGUGGGGUAGUACUGAAUGUGUUUCUGUGUGGAGUUGUAAUCAUUCCAUGUUGUUAACCUUGCUGGUAAGAACAGCAGGCAGGAGCAACGUUCUGCUCGAACAAGUUGGAGGAAGGCUGGAGGCCAGAACCUUCCAUGGCAGAGAUGCACACUUCUGUGGUCUGCACCACCCCUGCAUCAGAGGAAGGCCUCUGAUGGGUUGCAUCCUGCCAAGAGGCCAGCAUCUUUCUCUGCUACCAGAACCUCUCACAUGUAAAUAUUCUGUCUUGGGUUUGCUCACAAAAGAACAAAAGGUGAAGCUAAAGAAGACUGUUUUUUUCAAGGAAGGAGAGAAUGAGUGAGAAGGGGGGAAUCAGAAGCUGAGAAUGAAGG